AGGCUGCAGGAGGACGCGGAUCCGAUCUGUCCCUCAGUCCGCCUGUCUCUCUGCCUGUCUGUCCCUCAGUCCGUCUGCCUGUCUCCGGACACCGCAGUGAGUCCGCACGCCGCAGACAGGACAGUCACUGCGGCCUGAGGUCUGUCUUCCAUCGGUCUCCUCCGACAUCCGGAGAGAUCCGACCACUGCGAGCCGAGGAAGAGGAGGAGGAGGAGGAGGAGGAAGCACUGCAGCAGACAUGCCGGGCCCGCGCUGCUGCUGCUGCUUCUUCAUCACCACGCUGACCGCUCUGCUCUCCAGCAGCAAUGCCUUCUCGCUGGGUUUGCCCCGGCAGGUCAAACCCCUCGGCCCCCCGCUGGUCUACCUCCUCCAGGAAGAAGGUCCCACCCAGCCUCGCUCCAUUCAAAAAGUACUCCGGACCAAACGCAACUCGUUGCAGGAGUUAGUCCAAACCCAGCCUCAUCAGGGCCAGUACACGGGCCGACCGGAGACCCACAAAGCGUCCCGCUCUCAGGAGAUGGACACCGCUGACCUCCAGCUGCUGUCCCAACCCGCUAUGGAGGAAAACCUCGGGGUGGAGGACGAGAUGGAGCGUAUGAUUCACCUGGUGGUUCCUCAGAAAGAACCAAGCUACAGGGGACCUCCUGACUCCUCAGACCCGGAGAAAGAGCCCCUCGCUGGACCGGGAGCCGGGGACGCCUCCCUGGAGGCCUCAGGCUACUAUGGAACAGACAUGGAGGACAGAGACCGAGGAGAGGACGAAGGAGAGGACAGAGAGAGAAGAGGAGGAGAGGAGUGGGAGAUCGACGUGGGCGAGGACAAGGAGAGGACAGGAGAAGACGAUGACACUCACACGAGCCCAGAUCAGGAGGCUCUGAUUGGCUCCAGACGCUCCAACCACACCGGCCCCCCAGCCGAGGGCCGUGACCCUGGGCUACAGGAGCAGCGUGGAGCCCUGGUCCUGAAGGCGGAGAGAGACCUGUGGGAGGAAGACGCUCACUCCAGUGGUGACGGAGAUCUCCACCCCUCGGCCCCUGCAGCUACUGGAGGAACGCCCCCCCCCGAGACGGACACAGGGACAGACUUCGGGCUCCUGGAGGGUUACACUGAAGAUGUCCAGGACGAAGAGACAGAGAGGGACGAGGAGGAGGACCAAGAGGCCGCUCUGCCACACAGGGACGCAGUUACCCAGAACCCCACAGAGGCGGAGGUGAUGGUGGCUCCCACUAGGGGGUUCCUGCAGCCCAGGGUGGAGGAAGAGGAGGAGCAGGAAGUCUCCCCGCUCACCGCUGGCCCCUCCCCCAGCUUCACCGAACCCUCCCGUGAUUGGCUGGAGACGACCACAUCGUCCCCAGAAUCAGAGGUCCGGGGCAGCAGGGCCUCAGAGGUCACUGGCUUUGAUGAGCUUGAGGAGCGGCAGGUGACGUGUGUCGACUGGAGCAAACUGUCACAGCAAGGAUCCGUCCUCCUGAACACCACGGAGAACCUCAGCUGUGAAGAGUUCCGUGUGGCCUGUGGCGUCCGGCUGUUGAAGGUCAUCGAGGGAGCGUUUGCUCAGAGGAUGAACAGCCCCGAAGGAUCGUGGCAAGUUCACCUCAACAAGCCAACACACCAACUGCAACAGCUGAUGAUGAACGUGGUGUCUGAGCACGGAGUCAUGGCCACCAAGGAGGUGCUGAGCAUGCUGGGAGAGAUCCGCAGGAUGCUGAAUCAGGUGGGCAUUCAGACCUUCAGUUCUCCCAGUACCUGUCGCACUGGUCGUAGUCCGACUCGCAGCGACUACGGGAAACUGUUUGUGGUUCUUGUGAUCAUCGGCUCCGUGUGCAUGAUCAUCAUCACGUCUGGAUUCCUCUAUAUCUGCUGGCAGAGACAUCUGCCUGGGACCAAGACCACGUUCCGCGCUGAAGAACUUCACUUUGUGGAAAACAGUUGCCAUGACAAUCCCACGCUGGACGUAACUAAUGACAACCAGCCUGAGAUGCGCGAGAAGAAGCCGACCACCAAUGGGCUCGCGGCGGGAGGAAUAGGAGGCGGGGCCGAGAGCAGCCGCUGGAAGGUGUUUGUGAAUCAAGCAGCAACGGAGGAGGAAGAGGAGCAGGACACGCAUCUCUGAUGGAGGAAGAGGAGACGUGAAGGUCUUUGACGGACGGUUGAGAAGUGGAGCCUAUGAGGAGGAUGGAGCUCGGACUGAGUGGGAGGAGUCACUGACGUCGCCAUGGAUUCACCUUAUUUGAAUCCGUGUUGAAGAGCGUUGCGGAGGUGAUGUCAGAGACGUGGAGGUCACCUGAUGAAGCACCUGAAUGUCCAUUUACUCAAGUACUCUGUGUGGUACUUUCACUUUCUCUUCAGUUUCUCUACAGACUGAGAUGAGCUUCAGACGUCCUGCAUUAAAAUAGAUAAAAGAUGAAGUAUUCCUGUCGUCACCAGCUACCGUCCAAUGAGAUUUACAUAACGAUGCGAUGACACGUGAGCGCGUUACGCUCCUCAUGCUGUACUUUUGCUUGAGUGAUACGCUGAAUGUAGCACAGUAUUUAUCUGUCAUCUCGUCCGACUCCUCUCAGCUCCUCGCGAUCAGAGGCCUCGCCGGUCGGCUUUGGCACUUUGUUGAUUCAUUGAGCUAAAUGCUCUUCAAACACUGGCUGCCGCUCUUAGAGCAACAUUUAGAGGUCCGGAGCAUCGAGUCAUGGGUCACCGGAAGUCCAAGUUUAAUGUAAAGUGAUUCAGUCAGUGGUGUUUGAUCCGCUUUGAUGGAGUCACUGUUCAUUGUGAGAUCUGGGACUUGAGUGAACUGAAUGAGGUCAGUGCUCCGUAACACUGAAUUAAUUCAUUACUGAGUUACCAGGCAAGGAGACUUAGAGUGAUCGUCUCCGGCUCUCUGCCGAGGACCAGAUGUUGUUGCACAUCUGCAUUUGAUGGAGAGAUGGCCGUGUGUCUCUGUCUCACUAUAAUGGCUGAUGCGUGACUUCUGACUUGCUCCUGACAGCAUGAAGCUUUCGGCUGCAGACAACGACACAUAUAUCAUGUACAUGUAUGUGGUGGCUGGGAUUCUGCUUCCUGACUCGCACGUCGUCCCUCGCAUAGAAAACACUCAAUACUCGUCGUUUAUUUAGGUUUUACAUUUGGUUGUUUCAUUUCAACAUAAUUAACAGAGUGGACAAUGUAAGGUCAAAAGACUGCCGAUGUCCCGUCCAAUAUAUAUAUAUAUAUAUAUAUAUAUAUAUAUAUAUAUAUAUAUAUAUAUAUAUAAAUAAACACUGAGCUUGUGAUAAGUAUUUGGUUUUAGCACCGACGAAAAGAAACCGCAGGUAAACCUUCUUUUGUCUAAUUUUACACAAUGUUUGCAUUUCUUUAUUUCUCUGUGUACGAAGUUAAACGGGACAAAUAAAGUUUGAAGGAAAUGA